CAGCCAUACUGAAAUAACACGUGUGUCGAUCAGUCUGGGUCUUAAAAAUGGCUGCAAGACCACUAAUAAGCGUGUUUAGUGAGAAGGGGGAGGCCUCGGGCACUAAUGUGACACUCCCGGCCGUGUUCCGAGCCCCCAUCAGACCCGACAUUGUCAACUUUGUUCACUUCCAGAUGAAGAUGAACGGCCGUCAGCCCUAUGCAGUCUCAGAGAAAGCUGGUCACCAGACGUCCGCAGAGUCCUGGGGAACUGGACGUGCCGUAGCACGUAUCCCCCGUGUAAGGGGAGGUGGUACCCACCGCUCUGGUCAGGGUGCCUUCGGGAACAUGUGCCGUGGGGGUCGCAUGUUUGCUCCCACAAAGACCUGGAGAAGAUGGCACAGGCGCAUCAACAUCAACCAGAGACGCUAUGCCAUGUGCUCUGCAAUCGCCGCCACAGGCAUCCCUGCCCUGGUCAUGUCAAAGGGUCACCGUAUUGAGGAAAUCCCAGAGUUGCCACUGGUUAUCGGAGACAAGAUUGAAGAAUAUAAGAAAACCAAGGAGGCUGUCAGCAUGCUGAAGAAGUUCAAAGCUUGGGCAGAUAUACAAAAAGUUUACAAGUCAAAGCGUUUCCGAGCAGGGAAGGGUAAAAUGAGGAACCGCCGCAGAAUACAGAGACGUGGUCCCCUGAUCAUAUACAACCAGGACAAUGGGAUAACAAGAGCCUUCAGAAAUAUACCCGGUAUCACGUUAAUUAAUGUGGCUCACCUGAACUUGCUGAGGAUUGCCCCUGGGGGUCAUGUGGGAAGGUUCUGUAUCUGGACAGAGGGAGCGUUCAGGAAGCUUGACCAGCUGUAUGGCACGUGGAGGAAGGCCUCAGCAGUUAAGAAAAACUACAAUCUGCCCAUGCCCAAGAUGACCAACACUGACCUGAGUCGUCUCCUGAAGAGUGAAGAGAUACAGAAUGUGCUCCGGGCCCCAAGACGCGAAAACAAGCGGCGUGUGCUGAAGAAGAACCCUCUGAAGAAUAUGCGCGUCAUGCUGAGACUGAACCCUUACGCUGAGGUCAUGAAGAGGAACGCACUGUUGAAGGAGGAGAAGGGACGCCUCGCUCGCCAGGCCCUCAUCAACAAGCGCCGUGGGCUGCCAGAAGAGAAGCCCAAAGCUGUUCGUCGCAAGAAGGCUGGAGCCAAGAAAACUGGCAAGAAGCCGGCUAAGAAGUGAGGAGACCCGAGGGUUUAACUGUCCAGAUGUCCUGGCUGUGUGACCAGCCUUAUUUACCUUACAUUGAGUUAAGUGUACAAAAAUGGGCAGAAUAAAAAAAUCUCCAGAGAA